UUCUGGUAUGCCUUGCACGAUUGUGGUUUCUGGCUGUUUUGUAAGAACUUUAUUAAUGUUUUAGUUUCAGCGUUUCUGAGUAUCGCGUGUACGCGCAUUUAAUAUUGGAGAUUGCAAGGAUCGCACAGGAAUUCAAUAGUUGAGUAAGUUAAGUAGAACGGAAAGUGGACUAUAGAGCGAUUGAUACACUAACAUAACCUUUUGUUUGUUGAUAUGAAUGUUAGUUGGCACUUAUGGUGAUUAGAUCUAAAUGUGGCUGCAGUUGUUAAUAUUUUGAACAGUAAAGUUAUUGAUGUCAGUAAGUUACGUUAACUGUUAAAGUGUUGCUGUACAGACCUCAUACGUCUGAUCUGUACCAUGAGCCGCUAUAUCACAAGACUGAGAGUGAGAAGAACUUACAGAUUGAAUGGAGCGCCAGUUGGUGAAGACAGAAAACUGAAGAGAUUGUACCACGAAUCCAUGACCAUUUCUCUGGAUGGAAGGACUGAUAACGCAACAGUGUCUUUAGGCCAGUUCAUUCUUAUUGAGGGAGAUGAUGACGACAAUCCUUUUGUGGCCCAACUUCUCAAACUGUACAGUGAUGAUUCAGGAAAGAAGAAGACUGCUCUGGUCCAGUGGUUUGUGCGGAUGUGUGAGAUACCUCAUAACAAACGAAAGCUCUUGGGGAGAGACUCUCAUCCUCAGGAGAUAUUUUACUACAACGACCGCUCGUGUGACAAUGAAGUGGAUGCUGAGACCAUUCUUUCAGCAGUACAGAUUGAGUUUGUCUCUCCUGAAGCUCCUUUCCCAGAGGGCAAAAGCAAAGACGUCCUGUUUGUCAAACUCUUAUGGGACAGCAAAGCCUUCCGAGCAUUGAGCUCUGAGAUAAUGCAACCACCUCUGAGCCCUAAAUCUCCCCCGCCGUCAUCACGAAGGCCUCCGGCUCGUGUCCUUCCUACCCCAGACCUCGCAGUAAUGAAGCGGGCAACCAUGUCGGGCGCUCUCACCCGUGGCAGCAUGAGCGCCGGAAAAAUCAUCUCGGAGGCGGAGUCUCUACAUUCUGCCUCCAAACUCUCCGCGGCUAAAGCUCUUAGUGCAAGGAGGAGAGGCAGGGCCACCUCCGGACCCCACGUUCGCAAGAAACUUGACUUGUACAGUCCGAGUAAAAACAUGACCCGAGAUGAUGUUCUGGAAGAGAUUCUUGAUGAACCCAAAGGGACUGGGAAAACACUGACGUCCAAGUUGAAUACUUCUCCUACGGGCCGCAUUUCCAUUUCUAUUAGACUGACUCCGCUCAAUGAACCUAAAUCUCCAACUGCACAGGAGACUGACGAAGAAUCCAAUACAUUUUUCGGACUGCAGCCUCUUGGGGAACCACCACUUAGCACAGGCAGAACUCCCCGGAAGAGGGAAGCUACCCCUAGGAGAGAAAGUCUGAGAGGCCAGACGACAAGAACUCCAUCCAGGAGGAAAGAUUGCACUGCACGAAAAGAGCCAACUUUAUCCGCUCUAGCAGAAGAAGACAAUGAAGAAUCACCCGUUCUGACAGCUGCCACUCCUCGGUCCAAGAGGAAGUCUGCUCAGCUUGUGUCCUCACGCAUCAGAAAGCAGCUAAAUUUGCUGGGAAACAAGGAUGACCUGCAGUCAGAUGGUGAAGAUGGCGAUGACGAUGAUGACUGCUUUGUACCAACAAAGAUUGACCUUCAGAGCAGCAGCGAUGAGGAAGCAGAGGCAAAGAUGGACAGUGAAGAUGAACUCGUUGUGAAGAGGCGGAGGGGUUCCCGGACACCACACUCAACAGAGAAAACCCGCACUUCUGCGAGGACUCCUCGUAAAACGCCUAGCAAAAAGACUGCUCCAGCCACUCCACGCACACCACGUACACCACGUCAAGCAACUCCCAGCAUUCCCAGCAGGAGUGCGCCAGCCAGGAAGCCAGGGAACGUUCUGGAAGAAGCGCGGGCACGGUUACAUGUUUCUUCAGUCCCAGAGUCUUUGCCCUGUCGAGAACAAGAGUUCCAAGACAUCUACAACUUCGUGGAAAGUAAAGUCAUCGAUGGGACCGGAGGGUGUAUGUAUAUCUCAGGUGUUCCUGGUACUGGUAAGACUGCCACGGUCCAUGAGGUGAUCCGGUCCCUUCACCAGGCUUCAGAACAAGACGAGAUCCCUCAGUUCCGCUUCAUUGAAAUCAAUGGGAUGAAAAUGACAGACCCUCAUCAGGCUUAUGUACAGAUACUGCAGAAACUGACUGAUCAAAAAGCAACACCUGACCAUGCUGCUGCCCUACUGGAGAAACGUUUCAGUGCUCCAGCACCCAAAAAAGAGACUACUGUGCUUCUAGUCGAUGAGCUUGACCUCUUGUGGACCCGGAAACAGAACGUGAUGUAUAACUUGUUUGAUUGGCCAACCAGACGCAACGCCCGCCUGGUGGUGCUUACUAUCGCAAACACUAUGGAUUUGCCUGAGAGGAUCAUGAUAAAUCGUGUGGCCAGUCGAUUGGGUCUGACAAGAAUGUCCUUCCAGCCAUAUACCUUCAAACAGUUGCAACAAAUCAUCACAUCAAGACUGAACAGAGUGAAGGCGUUUGAAGAAGAUGCUCUCCAGCUGGUGUCAAGAAAGGUAGCAGCACUUUCUGGUGAUGCACGACGUUGCCUUGAUAUUUGCAGAAGGGCCACUGAGAUUUGUGAGCACUCUGCUGGUCUGCAGAAAGGCAGUGGAUUGGUUGGAAUGAGUCAUGUGAUGGAGACUUUGGAUGAGAUGUUCUCCUCUUCCUACGUCACAGCCAUUAGGUGCGCCUCUCUUCAGGAGCAGCUCUUUUUGAGAGCUGUUAUUGCAGAGUUUCGCAGACUUGGCCUGGAAGAGGCCACUUUCCAACAGGUGUUCGUUCAGCACCAGGCUCUGUGUCGUGUGGAGGGUCUGCAGCCGCCAAGCGUCUCUGAAGGAUUGGCGGUCUGUCAGAGACUUGGUUCUUGUCGCUUGCUUCUCCUUGAGGGCAGCCGUCUGGACCUGCUGCUGCGUAUCCGACUCAACGUUAGUCAGGACGAUGUGCUUUAUGCUCUGAAGGCAGACUGAAGAUACUUUGAUGGCUCUGGAAAACAGGAUCGUUGCGAACCUGUUUGGAGUAAGUCCAGUUUUCUGGACAUUAAGGGAGUAGAUUUUAAAGUCUCAUUUGGUGUUUCACCUCUGUAAAUGGCUUGACUUUCUGAGUUAAUUCUGAGAUUUUGUCCAGCUUUUUCUAAAUAAGUCGAGGCUUUU